AUGGAAGAUAGAAAGCGUUUAUUAAUUCAAACACUUCUGGACUAGUCAAGGGAAUUGAAUCUGCAUGAUCUUUAAUAAUCGGUUGGGACAGACACUAAGACCUCUUAAGUUUAAAGUAGCUAUUUAAAUAAGAUAAAAAAGAGUCAGCAUACAAGAGAGAAUAGCCUAAACAGUAUCAAUAAUUCUACUUUGAACCCUUCAUACUAAGAUCUCAUCGUUAACUAACACAUGCAAAUUCAACAUCUCAAUUCAAGCUUGAUGGAUAAAGAUCAUAAGAUUAAGGAAAUUACUGAAAAACUCCAGAGCAUGAAUUAAUACACAAAAGAAGUUGAUUAAUUGAAAUCUUAACUAUUAAUAAUGGAGAAACUUGUACUAUAAGAAAAUAAAUCUCAAGUUAUUAACAAGAGAAAUCAAAGCAUUCUAUUUCCCACCCAAUCACACUCUCCAAAUAUCAAGACUAGCUCAAUAGCACCAAACCAAAUGCUUUAACCUUAAAAAAUGAAUGCUAUAGAUGAUGAUGAUUAAGUUUUCAUCGUAGAUUAGAUGAGACUACCAUCCCCUUCUUAGAAAUUAAAUCUUUAAAAGAUAAAACAAAAGGGAAAGAGUUCUAUUACCUCGAUAACUGAUUUGUAUAAUUUGAAAAUGCCUAGAGACAACAUGCUAAAAAACAAGGACAAGAGUCUAAAAGAAAAUUCAUAGGUAGACAAAGCAUAGAACUGUCCUUAAAAGCUUAAAGCUCGUGUAUAAGUCCUUGUUUCUGAGAAAAAGAAACUAUCAAGUGAAAUUCUACCAGAACUGAGAGAGCAGCUCAGUUCUAUGAAGGAGAACCUGGGUGAAGUUGAAAAAGAAAUUGAGGGUGAAAAGAUUAAGAAUAUGAAUCUUUAUCAAUAAUAAGACAAUAUUCUUCAAGAAUUCCAAAGCAGGGCAUCAUCGUUCAAAAAUGUGGAAGAUUACAAUACUCAAUUGAAACAAGCUAUAGUUGAAUAAGAGACUAAGAAUUACGAGAUAAUUAAAGAAAAUUUGAAAUAUAAAGAGGUAAAUUCUAAAUUGAUGGAGGAAUUGAGAAUUUAUGAAUAAAGAGAUUUUCAAAAUGAUCAUGAGAUUCAAAAGUUUUCAGAUGAACUGCAAUUCCUAUUACAGAAAAUAAAUGUUAAGAUGUCGGAGACUUAAAAAUUAGAGGGGUUCUAGUAAAUUAGAUUCCUAAUUCAAAGCUUGGACUAUUGGAUUACAGAUGCAUUAGACAAGAAAAGACAACUAGAAUCUUAGAAAAUGAUAUAAGAUGAAAAAAUUAGCACGACUACUGAAAACAGCAAUUUCUUACAAAAGAUUAUAGAUAAGAAUUAGGAACUAAUAGUUGAUUAACUUGAAAAAAUAAAAAAGCAAGAGGAGGUUAUCAGGUAAACUAAGCAUGACUUGAAUACCAAGAUAGAAUAAGAGAAGUAAAUAGAUAGACAGCAAAUUGCUUUAAAGAAUCUUCUAGUUAAUUUGUGCUAAUAGAUUGACUCUCAGUUAUUUAAAAAUAGCUGUAAAUAGAGCAAGCAAGAUUUUUCUUUAGAACAGCAUAUUGAAUAAUUAAAUAAAUCGAUUCAAGAGAUGAUAGCUAAACUCAAGGAUUUAGAUAUGAAAUUUCAUUAAUAAGUCUCUGAAACAUAAGAAGUAAGAGAUAAAAUGCUUUGUUAAAUCUAGUACGAUAAAAACAAUAUCUCUCAAGUAAUGAUGGAAAACCAAAAGAAGCUAGAUUACUUUUAAGGUGAAAAUGGCAAGUAGCUAGAGAUUAUUCAUUAAUUAAAAAUAGAAAAAUAAAAGUAAGAAAUUGAAUCAGAGAAUAAGAUUAGAAAACUUGAAUAGAAUAUUUAAGAAAUGAGCGAGCUGCAAAUACUUAUAAAGGAUAUUUUAUGCAAGGCUUUUACCUAAAUCAGAAACGUAAUUUUGCAAAAAUAAUACCUAAGUCAGCAGAGUAUAAAAUAAGAGAUGAUAGUUGAAGGAUAUGAGUCACUGUUUGAGGAUCAUUAUACUAAGAAAUUAAAAGGGAAAUCAAUAUUUAUAAAAAUUAGGAAAAUUGCUAUUGGUUUGAUAUUUAUUCGAAGAUUAAGAAGGCUUUAAUAAAAUAAAAAUAAAGAUGGUGACUCAGAAAUGAAGAAAAGAAUUUACAAGCGAGUUCUAGAUAACUAUAUGAAUAAUAGAGAUUUUUGGGAAAUUACACUUGUGUAGUCAACUUAGUUUAAAUAUAUACAAUAGACUCUGGAGCAAUUAAAUUCUUGUAAAGAGCAAUUCACAAAUUUUAUUUACUCUACAUCUCAACAAGACAAGCAAGAUUAGGAUAACUAUUUCAUCAGACUAUUCAACUAAUUAUAGCAGGAAAGAGAGUUGAUAAUAGGUUAAGAGCAAUAACUUGUAAACAUUAAGAAUCAGCUAGAAAUAUCUGAGAUGAAGAACUAAAGAUAUCAUGAAGAAUCUAUCAGAUAAUUUGAGUAAAAUGAGAGAUUAUCCCACCAAUUAAACUCAAUUAAAAGUAAAUCAAAUUAAAUACUCGAAGAGGAAAACUCUCAUUUAUAAAAAUGCAUACUAGAAUUCUAAGACCAGAUGAGAGAAAAGGAGUAGUUAUAUUCUUAAAAGAUUCAAUAUCUUAGAAGAGACAUUGAACUGAAGGAACACUAAAUUGACUCACUUAAGAAACUAAUGAAGAUAAAAGGUUAAAAUGAUCCCUAGGCUAUCUAGCACACUUUAAGUACAGGAUAGAUAAGUUUAGGGAGAAUUAGUAGUAGAGGAUCUGACAAAAUUCAUCAGGUAAAUAUGCAUAAUGAAUCGAAGUUAAGUUAAGCCAAGAAAUUGUUGCAUGACAAUUUUAAUUAUUCAUUUUCUGAAAAUGUAUGA